UUUAUAUUCUUUUCCAUAUUCUAUCUGGGAUCUUGAUCAUAUAAAUGUAUUGUUUUGUGUGGUUGCAACCUCAGCAAAACAAAGCUUGUAUUCUCAGGAAAGAACAUGUAAUAUUCCUGACGGCAAUCGGCCCUUUUAGAUUACUUCCCACAUUAAUCACUUAAGACCAAAACAAACCAAGUCUAGCUUGGGUGGUGUGUCCUGGCGUCUCAUUAUUUUGGUCACAGAAACCCUGCAAAAUAAAUCAAUUUAGCGUAAGUCUUCUUGAUUCAAGGAACUCGAAACGGGCCAGAAAAAGCACAUAUGCUCUGGACAUAGACAAUAUAAAUCCACCGUUUACCAAAUUGCUGCAUCCCUUUGGACUGGGUCUCCUUAGUCCUGGUUGGAGUUGGGCAGCAACUAGUGUGUGGCCAUUGGCCGGCACGCGUCGCCUGGAGCCAGCAGGGGGCGAGUGAGCUGCGAGCCCUGCUCUGCAUCCUUGACUGACAGCUAAGGAUGCCGGCGAAGAUGAGGUAAUACCACCCGAACCAGGAGGGCGUGGGGGUGUGGACGCGCGUGUGUGCGAGUGUGAGCGUGCGGGUGCGUGACCGAGCCGGAGACUCUUCGUGUCUCAGAGCUCGCACUGCAGACACUGAUCACGCUGCAUUUAAAAAAAAAAAAAAGAAGAAGAAAAAAUUGCAUUUCUGGAAGGGAGGCUGCAAAGUUGUGGCCCGGCGACAGCGGCGGUAUCAGGGCCGUGUCAUGGCGGGUCUCUUUUCGGCGUCUAGGGACUGGGGUAACCUCUGCAGGCACGGAUUUGCCUUGGCGCCCCGCUUGGGAGGAGCGAUUCAUUCUGGAAGCAACUGAGCAGAGCCACAGGGAGGGGGAGCUCUCGCCCAGGCGGCGACAGCGUUUCGCGCGGCGCUAGGGUGGGAAGGGAGGAGAAAGAGGGGAGGGGAACACCGUGUCAUUCCCAGCGUGAGCGCGCGGCGAGAUCCCACCCGGGCGACUGCAGAGCCCGAGGCGCAACUGGUGCGAGGGCUGGUACCUCGCAUCGCCGUCAGCGCCAGCUCGCGGCCGCCGGGGCUCCCGCGGCUUGCCCGUCGGGAAGCUUUGCAAGGCGGGGGCCUGUUUGCAGAGAGCCGGACAUUUGCAUGAAGCCACCCGACCUCACGGAGCAGCGGCAGCAGCGGCGGCAGCGGCGGACCCCGGCGGCGGCGCGCGGUCGGAGCCAAGCGGCCCCGGUCUCCGGGCCCCGGUGGAUGCGCGGCUGGGGAGCGGCCCUUGGGCCGGAGCUGAGGCUGCCCGGGGCGGCGGGGCGCGGGGCAGGGGGCGCGGUCGAGGCCCGGAGGCGGCGGCGCAGAAGGAAGCGGAGGAGGACCGGCGUGCCGAGCCCGGUAGAGGGAGAGCGCGGCGCCGCAGCCCCGGGCUCACCAUGCUCCUGGCCUCGGCGGUGGUGGUCUGGGAAUGGCUGAACGAGCACGGCCGCUGGCGUCCCUACAGCCCGGCGGUGAGCCACCACAUCGAGGCGGUGGUCCGCGCCGGGCCCCGCGCCGGGGGCAGCGUAGUGCUGGGCCAGGUGGACAGCCGGCUGGCGCCCUACAUCAUCGACCUGCAGUCCAUGAACCAGUUCCGCCAGGACACGGGGACCCUCCGCCCAGUUCGCCGAAACUACUACGACCCGUCCUCGGCCCCCGGCAAGGGCGUGGUGUGGGAGUGGGAGAACGACAAUGGCUCUUGGACGCCCUACGACAUGGAAGUGGGCAUCACCAUCCAGCACGCCUACGAGAAGCAGCACCCCUGGAUCGACCUCACUUCCAUCGGCUUCAGCUACGUCAUUGACUUCAGCACCAUGGGCCAGAUCAACCGGCAGACCCAGCGCCAGCGCCGCGUGCGCCGGCGUCUGGAUCUCGUCUACCCCAUGGUCACGGGCACCUUGCCUAAAGCGCAGUCCUGGCCCUCCAGCCCCGGAUCCGCCGCUUCGCCCCCGGGCCCGCCCUGUUCCUGCCCGCAGUGCGUCCUGGUGAUGAGUGUCAAGGCAGCCGUGGUGAGCGGGAGCGCUGGCCCCCUGCAGCCUCCAGCAGCCCGCAAGAACAUGCCCCCAUCUGCAGCGGUCAAGCUGCCCCCACCACCAGGACCUGGGGCCAAGCCACUGGACAGCAUGGGCACCAUGCGAGGCCCGGUGAAGACCGCGCCAUCGCAGCCGAUCCAGCGACAGGCCUCCAGCUCGCCCGCAGGGGCCACUGCGGGCCCUCCCACCAGCCCCCCAGGUGCCAACGGCAAGACCGGAAGGGUGGCCCUGGCGACCUUGAAUCGGACCAACCUGCAGCGGCUGGCCAUCGCCCAGUCCCGGGUGCUGAUCGCCUCUGGGGUCCCCACGGUGCCAGUGAAGAACCUAAAUGGGUCCAGUCCUGUCAAUCCCGCCCUCGCAGGCAUCACAGGGAUCCUCAUGAGCGCGGCAGGGCUGCCUGUGUGUCUCACCAGGCCCCCGAAGCUGGUCCUCCACCCGCCCCCCGUCAGCAAGAGCGAAAUAAAAUCCAUCCCAGGGGUUUCCAACACGAGCCGCAAGACCACCAAAAAGCAAGCCAGGAAAGGUAAAACCCCAGAAGAAGUGCUCAAGAAGUACCUGCAGAAGGUCCGGCACCCACCAGAUGAGGACUGCACCAUCUGUAUGGAGCGCCUCACGGCCCCCUCGGGCUACAAGGGCCCGCAGCCGACCGUCAAGCCUGACCUGGUGGGAAAGCUGUCCAGGUGCGGCCACAUCUUCCACAUCUACUGCCUGGUUGCCAUGUACAACAACGGCAACAAGGAUGGCAGUUUGCAGUGUCCAACCUGUAAAACCAUUUACGGGGUGAAAACAGGCACCCAGCCUCCGGGGAAGAUGGAGUACCACCUCAUCCCCCAUUCCCUGCCUGGCCACCCAGACUGCAAAACCAUCCGGAUCAUCUACAGCAUCCCUCCCGGCAUCCAGGGGCCAGAACACCCGAAUCCUGGGAAGAGUUUCAGCGCCCGUGGCUUCCCGAGACACUGUUACCUUCCAGACAGCGAGAAAGGGAGAAAAGUUCUGAAGCUGCUGCUGGUGGCCUGGGAUCGCCGCCUCAUCUUCGCCAUUGGUACUUCCAGCACGACGGGCGAGUCAGACACCGUCAUCUGGAAUGAGGUCCACCACAAGACAGAGUUCGGCUCUAAUCUCACUGGCCACGGCUACCCAGAUGCCAAUUACCUGGAUAAUGUGCUGGCUGAACUGGCUGCCCAGGGCAUCUCUGAGGACAGCACUGCCCAGGAGAAGGACUGAGCUGGAAGGGCUUUAGUAGGGAGGAGAGGUGGGGACUACAGAGCAGGAAAUGGGGAGAGUCGAGGUAGAAGUUGGUUCCCUGCCCUCCCGACUCCCUCAUCUCCCCUCCCGUCCUGCCUCCAUCCUUCAUCCCUCCCAGCAACAGGGGGGAGCCAUAUUGAAUAAGGGGACAUCAUUCAUAAACCUCAUCCAUCACAAAAGGGACCUGGGAUGAGGGCCAUCCCUGGCCUGUUCCUAUGGAGUUUUCGGUGCUGGGUAGGCACGAACACCACCCCUCAGCCCCUUAAGUGGGGGCGUGGUCAGCACACUUAGGGUACGGGCAGUGCAUGGUCACUCCGUGCCCUGGCCUCGUGAAGCCUGAGGUCCAUCGCCUCCACUGGCUUCUUGCUGCUUCCACUUCCAAACGUGGAAUUUCCGCUUUUCUCUCCUCCCCGGGAGGCGAGGAGCUCUCACUGUGCAAGGUUGGGGGGCCAAGGGGUGAACCACUAAACUGCUGUGACACCAGAAAUCAAUGCCUCGGUAUAGAGCGAGGACGCACUUCUUGCCAGAGGGUCAGGGAAGCAAAGGCCUCUGGGAGCACACUCAGCUCUCAUAAGAGUCCACGGCUUCUCCGGGCCUUGCUUCCUCCUCUCACCGUUGACCUGCCCACAGAGGCAUUUGCUUCUCUCACGCAGAUGGAUGGGCUCUGGGGUUCCUCUCCGGGUGGCAUCCCGUGAUGCUUCCAGCCACGCCCUGGUCAGACCGGAGCCGGCAUCCCACUUAGCAUCUGCACUGUCCUCAGGGAGAGGAGCCCGUGGCCUUCUUCCCAACGCAUCCCAGACCAGCUCAAAGAUUCCAUGAGUCUCAUCAAGUCACUGUGAACAGAGCCUGUGCUGGGCUCUGUGCCUCCUGUGCAUGUGCGUGCGUGUGUGUGGGUGUGAGCACACAUGUGUGCAUGUGCGCACCGCUGGUGGAGAGUCCCAUCAUGUUCUCACAGUCUGUUUUGCCAGAUGUCGAACCCCAGUUCCGACGAGGAUCAGAGAGCCGGGGGGUGGCCCCUUGGCUUCUCCCACCCGCUGCCAACCAUUCCCUUAGUAAACUUGGACCCUGACCGAGUCAGAACUGUGUUUGGGGAGAUGUGUAAGGUGAGGGCUGGACUGACCCCUUUUUCUGUGUCUUUCAAGACUGCAUUGGAGCCAAGCUCCAUCCAGCCUUGUUUUUCUGAGAGCUUUGAUCUCGGUUGAUGCAAAUUUGUUCACUGAAGCCGAGGGGUGGUGCUGGGCCUCUCAUCUCCCUCUCCUGCUACAGACUGACCUAGAACAUGGAGGGAGCCUCUUCAGCUCAUCCACCAGGGUUAGGACUACCUUAUGGUCUAGUCCAGCAUCUGUCUGGGUUGUGUCCCAAGACCCUGCCUAUCUCCUCCCCAUCAUUCCCCUUGCCUUUGGCUCCUGCCAAGGAAUGAAUCGAGGGUCAGGGAGGAGAGAAGGGGUAUCAAGAAGGGAAACCCAAUUCCCCCUUUGAAAGUGGGUUCUUUGAACUAUAUGUUUGGGGGAAGUUCCUCUGGAUACUAGUUUGAAUUAUAUACCUCAUGUUUUGGGGGUUUGACGUAUAUAUAUGCAUAUAUAUUUCAUAAUAUUUGGAAGGUUUUUGAUGCUAGAAAAAUGGAAACAAAAGAACCUUCAAAAAUGGUACUUAAACGAGAACCGGAAACCAAGGUUUCCUGAGAGCCGGCUUCGGAGCUGCUCGCUCUUAGGCCCGCAGCCGUUUUGCUGUUCGUGUGACCAGUGGGUUUACGUGAGCAUCACCCAGCUCUUGGGGACAUGCUGCUGGUGCUGAGCCUCUCCUUGGUUUCCAAAUGGCCGUAGGGACAUUAACCGGCUCCAGCAGAGGGAGCUGUGACAGGAACGAUUGUGUCUGCCACCUUGGUGCCCGUGGCUCCCAUCCGACGGCAGCCGUGUAUCUCACCAGCAAACCUGGAGGUCAGUCCUGAGCUCACUGCGCCACAGAGUGAUUGAUUUCCUGCCACAGUCGUGGAAGAAACAUCCGAACUCAAUGGAAGAGACACCCCUGCAGUGUUCAUUGUCACGCCCCGUGCCCUUGCCAGGCUACCGUGUACCAGGGAUCAGCAGCGAGCCCCACCGUAGGCCACUACUGUCUCCGCCUUCACCCUCGUCACGUCUCUGCUGGGCGUGUCACCCACAGUGGUGAGGAAUCAGACGGAGGGUGGGUGGGUAGAAACACAGCUGUGCACUAGGGGGCGGGGGAGGAAGAAGACAAGCUUUGACAACUGGCCAUGGGCAGCGGGGAGACGCUGAUUGGCUGCAGCAGGCGGAGGAAGGCAUGGGUGGGAGAGGGGACCCAGAGAGGGACCAGGCAGGCGGUAUGCCAGGGCAACACCACUUCGGGAGCAAGUCUUCAUGGCUUCAAGCCUCUCCCCGGGAUGUCGGUUGUGUCUGUGCCCCGUUCCCUUCCUCUCAGAGGAUGCUCAGCAGGGGCUACCUCAUCCUCAUCUUCUUGUGGGACGUCUGGGCAGAAAGAAUCUUGAACUUCCUUUCUGGCACUGUGCCAGCCAGGCAAGGCGGCAGGCAUUCCUUUGCUCCUUCUCUUGAGCCACCUUGGAAAGGUACGGUCUCAGGUUCAGCGGCCACCCUGCCGGCAGAGGCCCUGUGCAUCUACCGCUCUGACACAGGGGUGUCCCCACCGGAAGCCCUGCUGAGCUCCCUGGUCCACGCAGGGGCAUCCCUGCCUUUCCUUUCGUCUUAGCACCAGCAGCCCGGGUCCUCCCUCCCUGAGUCUGCAGGGAUGACAGACCCUGUCAGACGCUCAUCCCUUAAGGAUUAAUUGUGUAUAUGUGGUUGUGUGUACUUCACGUUUUAUCCCUUCCCUCCGUGGUUUUAGACUUGGUCGAAAGUACUUGUCCUGGUAUUGCACUGUUUGUGUGCAUGAGAAGAUGGGGGGAAGGCCCCACGCGGUACAAGAAAGGGUCCUGUCCCCUUUUCUUGUCUGUGGUCACUGGCAUUUGAGUGGGGGUGGGUUUCUGGGAGAGGACAGGUGAAUGUCCUGAUGUAAAUCUUUAUAACUGGUGUGUUUUGAAGUCCUUGGUGUUGCUCUGUGAGAGGACAUCGCCACCUGGUGCUCAUGAGGUGUAUGUGCAGAACAAUAAAUGGAAAAAUGACCAACCACA